AGAAGAGACGCGCUGAAGUCGUCAUCAGAAGCUAUCAUGAAGUGGUUCCUGCUGCCACUCCUGCUGGCGGCUGCGACAGUUGGCCAAGAGAAAAAACCUGGUGUGGUGUAUCUGAUAGGAAGUUUAGAAGACGAUUUGUACGCCACUGAUGAGAAGAAAAGGGAUGUUAGGGCUUUCGUACCCAUUGCUGAAAAUGAGGCUUUGAGUGAUGGCAUUUACUUCAGACCGGAAAAUGGUGAACCUUUGAAGAACCCUGAGGUACUCAUCAACCACCGAGUAAGAAGAUACUCCAAAAAAGAAGGCUUUGGAGGAGGAGGAAGCGGAGGCGGUGGUGGAGGUUUUGGAGGAGGAUUUGGAGGUGGCGGAGGAUUUGGAGGAGGUGGUGGAUUCGGAGGCGGAUUUGGAGGUGGUAAAGGAGGUGGAAUCGGUGGCGGUUUCGGAGGAAAUAAAGGAGGUGGUGGAGGACUUGGAGGAGGAGGCUUUGGAGGAGGAGGUUUCGGAGGCAGUGGUGGAGGUGGCGGAAGUCACGGUGGAGGAUUAGGAGGAGGUGGAUCUGGUGGAUACGGUGGAGGAGGCGAUGGUGGUUUUGGAGGAGGUGGUAAAGGAGGAGGACUUGGAGGAGGUGGAGGCCUCGGAGGAGGUGGAGGUGGAGGCCUAGGUGGAGGUGGCUCAGGUGGAUUCGGUGGAAAUGGUGGAUUUGGAGGAGGUGGAAAAGGAGGAGGACUAGGUGGAGGUGGAGGAGGUUUUGGAGGCGGAGGUCUAGGUGGAGGUGGAUCGGGUGGAUACGGAGGAGGAGAUGGUGGUUUCGGAGGAGGUGGUAAAGGAGGAGGUGGAGGAUUGGGAGGAGGUGGAGGCCUUGGAGGAGGUGGAGGCCUUGGAGGAGGUGGAUCAGGUGGAUACGGUGGAAAUAGCGGAUUUGGAGGAGGUGGAUCGGGUGGAUACGGUGGAGGAGGAGAUGGAGGUUUUGGAGGAGGUGGUAAAGGAGGCGGACUAGGUGGAGGUGGAGGAUUGGGAGGAGGUGGCGGCCUUGGAGGUGGUGGAUCCGGUGGAUACGGUGGUAACAGUGGUUUUGGAGGAGGUGGAAAAGGAGGAUAUGGAGGUGGUGGUGAUGGAGGUUUUGGAGGAGGUGGAUUAGGCGGAGGAGGAAAAGGAGGUUGUAGUGGAGGAUGUGCAGGUGGCGGAAAAGGUGGUGUAUUCGCUACUAGUCAAUCAUCUUCUUCUGCAGGGGCGUACGGUGGAGGAGGAAGCUAUGGCCGAUGAAAAAUACCUCCUGGUGCAGUGCAACUUCUUCAACUUAAAUUGUUCAAGUGAUAAAAUUAAGAUGUAAAUGACUAAUAAAUUUUAUUUUCACAAAGUGA